AUGGCGGUGGACAACUCCACCAGCAACCCUCACGCCCCUAGCUUGCAGCUGAGAGUGGCCGACAUCGUCAUCAUCACCGUGUACUUUGCUAUGAACGUGGCCGUGGGCAUAUGGUCCUCCUGUCGAGCCAGCAGGAACACAGUGAGCGGCUACUUCCUGGCAGGCCGGGACAUGACGUGGUGGCCGAUCGGAGCCUCCCUCUUUGCCAGCAGCGAGGGUGCAGGCCUCUUCAUUGGACUGGCAGGCUCAGGCGCGGCUGGAGGCCUGGCUGUGGCAGGUUUUGAAUGGAAUGCCACAUACGUGCUGCUGGCCCUGGCGUGGGUGUUUGUGCCUAUCUACGUCUCCUCAGAGAUCAUCACCAUGCCUGAAUACAUUCAGAAGCGCUACGGAGGCCAGAGGAUUCGCAUGUACCUGUCUGUCCUGUCACUGCUGCUGUCUGUCUUCACCAAGAUAUCGAUCGACCUGUACGCGGGGGCUCUCUUUGUGCACAUCUGCCUGGGCUGGAACUUCUACCUGUCCACGCUCCUCAUGCUCGCCAUCACAGCCCUGUACACCAUUGCAGGAGGCCUGGCCGCUGUGAUCUACACAGACGCCCUGCAAACACUCAUCAUGGUGGUGGGAGCUGUCAUUCUGACCGUCAAAGCUUUCGACCAGAUCGGCGGGUACGAGCAUCUGGCAACGGCCUACGCCCGGGCCAUACCAUCCAGGAUCGUUGCCAACACGACCUGCCACCUGCCACGUGAGGAUGCCAUGCACAUGUUCCGAGACCCCCACACCGGGGACCUCCCGUGGACUGGGAUGACCUUUGGUCUGACCAUCAUGGCCACCUGGUACUGGUGCACCGACCAGGUCAUCGUGCAGCGGUCGCUGUCUGCCCGGGACCUGAACCACGCCAAAGCAGGCUCCAUCCUGGCCAGCUACCUCAAGAUGCUGCCUAUGUGCCUGAUGGUCAUGCCAGGCAUGAUCAGCCGUGCGCUGUUCCCAGGUAGGGCAGUGUGGGACUCUGGGCACCUCUCUCACACAGACGACGUGGGCUGCGUGAUGCCGUCCGAGUGUCUGCGGGCCUGCGGGGCCGAGAUCGGCUGCUCCAACAUUGCCUACCCCAAGCUGGUCAUGGAACUGAUGCCCACCGGUCUGCGGGGACUGAUGAUCGCGGUGAUGAUGGCCGCACUCGUGUCGUCGCUGACCUCCAUCUUUAACAGCAGCAGCACGCUCUUCACCAUGGACAUCUGGAGGCGGCUGCGGCCUCGUGCAGGCGAGCGGGAGCUGCUGCUGGUGGGACGGCUGGUCAUCAUCGUGCUCAUCGGCGUGAGCGUGGCCUGGAUCCCUGUCCUGCAGGGCUCCAACAGCGGGCAGGUCUUCAGCUACAUGCAGUCAGUGACCAGCUCCCUGGCCCCCCCAGUGACAGCGGUCUUCGUCCUGGGCGUCUUCUGGAGGCGUGCCAACGAGCAGGGGGCCUUCUGGGGCCUGAUGGCGGGGCUGGCGGUGGGUGCCUCAAGGCUGGUCCUGGAGUUCCUAUACCCAGCCCCUCCCUGUGGCGACGUGGACACUCGGCCGGCCGUCCUGGGCAGCAUCCACUACCUGCACUUCGCUGUUGCCCUCUUUGCACUCAGUGGGGCUGUGGUGGUGACUGGGAGCCUGCUGACACCCCCACCUCCGGCGGCUCAGAUCCGGAACCUUACCUGGUGGACUCUGGCAAAGGACUGGCCCCCAGGAGCCAAAACAGGUGACACCAAGAAGCAAGCUUUCUGGGCCCGUGUCUGUGGCAUCAAUGCCAUCCUUCUCAUGUGCGUCAACAUCUUCUUCUAUGCCUACUUCGCCUGA